AUGGACAAAGUUGACGGCACCGAACAUUACAACUUCAAGGCCCCCGCCGACUUAGCUACCCUCCAGGUCAUAAUCCUCGACACGAACCCGCUCGCCUGGGCCACCUUCGAAAAGUCGAGUUCGCUAUCCUUCCCGGCGGCCCUCUCCCAGCUUCUAAUCUUCGCAAACGCCCACUUGGCGUUUUCGCAAUCGAAUCGAUGUGCUGUUAUCGCCAACCAUAUCGACGGCGUACACUUCCUCUCCCCCGCGGACCCUGGUACGGACCAUCGUGAUCCUGGCGAGGCCGAUUUGACACCCGAAGAUCUUAAGGAGAUAGCAAAUCAAAAUGCCAGUAAAUACCGGGUUUUUAGGUUGCUUGAGGAUGAGGUGAGGGCUUCGUAUAGACGGUUGAUUAAAAAUACGACUCCCGAGGCUGUGAUGGCGUGUCCGAACUCAUCGUACCUGGCUGGUGCACUGAGUGCGGCAUUGACAUAUAUCAAUCGUAUAUGCUUUGGUGGAACGGGUGGAAGAUCUAGUGGUGUCCCUGGGGAUGAAAAGUCCAAGGUGAAUAGUGCCGGUGGGAAGGUUGAUGAGACAGGACGGACCAUGCAUGCCAAAAUACUGGUUGUCAGCGUUACACCUGAUCCUGCAAAUCAGUAUAUUCCCGUUAUGAAUAGUAUCUUUGCCGCUCAGAGGCUGAAAGUGCCAAUCGAUGUUUGCAAGCUACGAGAUUCCACGGUAUUUCUACAGCAAGCUGCCGAUGCGACCGGUGGGGUCUACAUGGAGCCGGAGCACCCACAAGGUCUAAUACAAUAUCUUAUGAUGGGGUUCUUGCCUGACCAUCUAGCCCGACAAAGCUUGAUUCUGCCGACGAAAGUCGAUGUAGACUUCCGUGCCGCAUGCUUCUGUCACAAAAAGGUUCUAGACAUCGGAUUUGUUUGUUCGGUUUGCUUAAGUAUAUUCUGUGAGCCACCACAAGGCGCCGUUUGCAGUACCUGCCAAGUUAAGCUAGAUGUCACCUCCCUAGAGAACAUUGGCAAACCUGUGGUUCUUCCGCCGAAGAAAAAGAAGAAAAAGAAGGCGAUUGAUUCACUCCCAGAAAGUGGCGUCGCGAGCGCAGCUGAAAGUCCGGUCCCAACCGAAUAA